AUGGGAAACAGCCACAACACUAACCUAAGAAAGAGUUGCACUUCUUUUGAAGGCACCAACACUGCUACGAGAGCAUGCUUUGGAGACUCCUCUAGAGUUGACAUGAUCCACUAUAAAGAAAAUAAAAACACAGAGGUUUGGAGUGCAGUAUACGAAAUAGGCGAUGAUGGUCUUCAAGGAGGAAUAACUGCAAUUGAAUCUUCUGGAACCUGCUCUACCUUCGUAAACGAUGAACAAGAUUACUCAAUAGAGACUACUAUUAUUUCAUGUGAUAGUUUCAACAGUGACGGUUUUUAUAUUCUCCAAAUGAAGAAAAUGAAAUACUCUAAUAUUGCAUUCAAGGUUGCCAUGGCACACUUUUAUGUUACCAAAACGGUUGGUUUAUAUGUUGAGGCAACAAUUUGUCGCAAUAAAGAUAGAGGUUUUGUGGUUGAAGUGAAUGGUCCUUUCAUAUACCAAAGUGUUUAUCUGCGUAAGAUUAUGGAUGAAAUUCGUCUUACAGGUAUUUGGUCGCCAGGAGGAGAGCCUAGUACAGAAACUAAUGGUGAUUCCGGUUCAUCCUUACAUGGUGAAAAAGCAGUAGUAGGUCAAGUUGUUAAGAAUGCUUCUAACAAAGGCUUAAUCAAUGCAAGUGGAUACACUAAUGGAUCUCUAAAUAAUUCUAUCUUUUGUACAAUUAUGUAA